UCAGCUGUUUUAUGAAUAUUAGUUUAAUGUUCUAGAAAUGUGAAACAAUUCUCAAUGUGGAGCAUGGCAAAUGAAGCAGAAAUAUGAAACAGUUAUAGUGAUUUUGGAUUUGAAUGGAUUUUCGGAUCUCAAAAAACAACACAAUUUACACAAUUUUUUUCCUAAUUGUUAGCGACCAAAGGGGUGCUAAAUAAAACUCGAGAAUGUUUCUUAAAGAUUCAUUAAUUGAUUUGCUGUUAUUAUAUCUAAUUUAUCUGUAAUUUAGUAUCUACAUAGAUGAGUGAAUAUGUUUCAUGUGUUGAAGAUGUAAGGGUUGAAGGGAAGCUUUUUUAAAUAUAUCACAGUGAAAGACAUCAUCACAGCUCUAGGUGAGGUCAAACAAAUUUUGAAGUUUAUAGAUUAGUCCCGUGGUGUAUGAUGACUCGCGAUAAAAUUUCGCGCCUCUAUGGGAAUAGAACAACUACACGUUCGAAAUGACCGGAUAAACAAAAAACAACACUCACACAAACGUAUCGAAGCAUCGAAUACAUCGCACACCGUUGAAGCGCAUCGAGAUACGUUCGCUCCCUACUAGCUAGACACGGCCUGCUUCCACACUAUCAUGGCUGGCUGUGGAAGCACGUGGAGCACGCUAACGCUCCAAUGGUUACGAUUAAUCGCUCCACCAGGUUCAUGGGUGUCGGGUUCAACGACGGGUGUCGAGCCCCUACCCCAGAAAGGACAGUGCUCAACAUACUGGAGCUGUCGUCCGGUGACGAUUGCAUAAACUACAUAAACUAACUUCCGGCGUACUUCGAACUGGCACAACUCAAGAGCUACGUAAUUCAACUCCAUUGCAAAACAGGCUCGUGAGCGGCCUCACAAAAACACUGCCGCGUGUUGUCUGAUGGGAGCAAACGCCGUCAGUGAUAGCUCGCGACCAGCAACUAGGAAGACGUUGAUGACGACGACGACGACGACGACGGUGUAGUGUUGUUUAAUAAAUAAUGAAAGCUACUUACCAGCUCAGUUGUUCCUCCGACGAACCUUGCUUACACUUGGAAUCUAAUCUCGUCGUCGAAAGACGUGGUCCAUAUCUAAGUUAAACUAAGUACUAACUAACAGUGAACCUGAUGGACUUGGUGGUAUUACGACAGCGGUUGCCAGUGAUUGACCUUGGUAGUGGCGGCACGGCACCGCACACCCGAAGUGCCCGCCAGCAGUUCGCGGACAGUCCGUGAAGUGACUGAUUGUUGUUUUGAUACGGGCUCUCUCGCCUCUUAUCGUGCCACCUCAGUCAGUGUUUGGAAAGCCAAUCAGCAGAAGUAACCUAAAGUACGGUGCGAUACUUUCACGGCUCGUCUCCGGCGUUGCUUGGCGAGGUGCCUUCGUCGGCUGGUUUUGUAAUUGGCGAAUAAAAAAGAUCGCUGCUAGCCAAAAAGAAGAUGUGGUUUGAAUAACAGUUGUUGAAGGGUUGUUUUGUUGUUGAUUGUUGAUUGGAUUUGCUAGUUUCGGUACCGGUAUUGUGCUUUUUAAGCGGGCGAGGCUCUGGAGCGGUGAGGUCCAACACAGCAGAUAGCAGAUCCAUCACAUCGACGAUGUCAACGUUCUUCACCACCAACCGGCACGGUUACAGCGUGCGCUUCUCGCCCUUUAACCCGGACCAGUUUGUGGUGGCGUCCAGUCAGUUCUACGGAUUGGCCGGUGGAGGAACCCUGUACUUCCUGGAAUUGUCCUCGGACGGCGGUGGAAUCGUGGAAAAGCGAACCCACAACUGGACCGACGGAUUAUUCGAUGUGACAUGGUCCGAGUCGAACCAGGAAAUUGUGGUAUCCGGCUCGGGAGAUGGAAGCGUCCAGCUGUGGAAUCUCAAUCUUAGUGCCAACAACGGACCACCGCAAAUGGUCUACCGGGAACACAAGAAGGAAAUUUACAGCGUCGACUGGAGCAAAGUUCCGUACGAACAGCUCUUCAUCAGUGCCAGCUGGGACAGCACUGUGAAAAUUUGGGAUCCAAUCCGGAACCAUUCUUUGAGCACUUACAUUGGCCAUACACAACUAGUCUACAAUGCGGUGUUUGCAUCGCACAUCCCCAACACAUUCGCUAGCGUCAGUGGCGACGGAAUGUUGAAGAUUUGGGAUAUUCUGUGUUACGAUUUACCAAUUGCCAGUAUAAAGGCGCACGAGGGAGAGGUCCUAACGGUCGACUGGUGCAAGCACGACUCGAACGUUCUGGCCACCGGUGCCUCCGAUGGUCUCAUUCGAAUAUGGGACCUGCGUAACUUUGGCAUCCCUCUGUCGGAACUGAAGGGCAAUGAAUUUGCCGUACGGAAGGUACAAUUCUCACCGCACAGUCCAUCGGUACUGGCCAGUGUCGGAUAUGAUUUCACCACCCGAAUCUGGGAUUUCAAAAAAAGCAACGAGGCUCUGGAAACGAUUAAGCACCAUUCGGAGUUCACGUACGGACUGGACUGGAACCGACGGCGACAGAAUCAGCUCGCCGAUUGUGGCUGGGACUCACUGGUGCAUGUUUUCAAACCGGAUUGCCUUGCGGACAAAAUUUAAGGCUGUUGCGGUCAAAUUUAAAGAAUGUUCUAUCGAGAAAGAGAGAAACGGAAUGCGCAAAUCAGGCUAACAGAAAAUUAAUGGAAUUUUGUGAAAAAAUAGAGGCAAAAAUUAACCAAAUUGUGAUUUAGGAAAUAAGUAGUCUAAAAAUAACAGUUGGCCAGAAACUAUUUUAGGAAUGUCGCGAAAACGAUUUGUUUAAAAUAACUGAGCAAAACAGAUGUGUAAUAGUUGUAUUGGUGUAGGUUGAAUCCAAAACAUAAUUCAUUGAUAAUAUAUUGCGAACGGUAAGGGUUAAAGGUUGAUGGAGAGUUAAAGCCAGAGAGCUGAGAUCAAGUCACACGUUGAAAAAAAUAACGGUAGUUUAUAUUAAACUGUAAGAUUGUUUUAUCUAUUGAGUAACUUCUGUACUUAAAAUUUGUAAUUAGCUCGAAGGUGGGUAAAUAUCAAGAGAUUCAAAAUUAGUCAAAAAUUAUAAUUGAGAUGCUUGGUUUGAUAGUUCUACGAAUUUUAUGUUAUUUUUUGUUAUCAGGUGUCUUGUGAACGCAAAAUUGAAAAAAUAAAUUAGGUAUUUUAUACGUUUUGACAAAAA